AGCGUUAUUUCGAACUUCAGUUCGUCGGUAUCAACCGUCGACAUUGGAUUGUGCUGUCUCUGCCUAUAUUCUUACUUCAAGCUUAACUAUACUUAUACUUAGUCUAGCGCAAGCUCUUUACACCUUCGACGAAGAAACAAACAACAUACAGACCUUCUUCAACUCUUCUUCAUAUUCAAUUCAAAAGACGGACGCAUAGUUUUUAGAAAGCGCGUCAAGAAAGUCUCAUUCGUGCAACGACACCGUUCGCUACUGGUCAACAAAUCUUUUGAAUAAAUCAACAACAAUUAUAUCGAGAGAUCUCUGAGGUUGUAUUCGUAGCAUGACAAGCGGUAUGCAGACGGUAAUAACAAAUCCCAACUGGUGGAAGCGGCGUUCGACUCUCGAAAGAUGCCUGACUUUGCUAUGCGCCUUUGCAUUAGUCACUAUCAUUGGACUAAUUAUAGGAUUAGUUUCGGUGAUUUUGUCCAAUCAAAUGAACAAAGAUUCUACUAACCCACCUGAAGCGCUGCAAGUUCCUGAUAAACCAUCAGGGGCUAAACCUGAAGGAUCUCCUUCUAAGGUUGAUGAUACUUGCGUAUUGCCCGAAUGUAUUCAUACAGCUUCAAAUAUAUUGAGCUCUAUGGAUCCAACUGUAGAACCAUGUGAUGAUUUCUAUCAAUUUGCAUGUGGCAACUUUAUACGCACUAAAACUAUUCCCGAAGAUAAGGUAUCGGUUAGCAGCUUUUCCGACAUAAAUGACAAAUUGCAGGAACAACUUAAAUUAUUGAUUGAAGAAGAACGUGACGAAAGUGCUCCAAAUCAUUUCCAACUGCCAAAUAAGUUGUAUAAGGCUUGUAUGAACAAAUCUCUAAUCGAGGAUCUGGGUUCGAGUCCGAUUGCCAAUAUUGCUGAAAGCUUAGGCGGAUGGCCAGUUAUUAAGGGUGAUUCAUGGAAUUCUGAUGACUCAUGGACUUGGCAAGAUACAGUUCAAAAAUUCCGAAAUCUUGGCUUCAGUAUGGAUUACAUUUUAGACUUUAGCAUUGGUGUUGAUCUUAAAAAUUCUACAAAGCGUAUGAUUGAUAUUGAUCAAUCGGCAAUUGGUUUAAGCCGAGAAUAUCUGGUGAAAGGCUUAAAUGAUACUCUUGUAUUGGCUUACUAUGAUUAUAUGGUCGACAUAGCUGUGAUCUUUGGUGCUAAUAGAGAUGUUGCAUUGAAAGAACUUGGAGAAUCUCUUCAAUUUGAAAUGGAUUUGGCAAAUAUUUCCUGGCCAAAUGAAAAACGUCGAAAUUCAUCAGCUCUGUACAAUUUAAGAACUGUAGCACAACUCCAAGAAAGCUAUCCUUAUAUUAGUUGGAAGGAAUAUAUUAAUGUUUUGCUUCCAGCUCAACUCAGUAUUGACGAUGAUGAGCCAAUCAAUGUUUCGGUACCAAGUUUCUUCGAAGCUCUCGGCCCACUUUUGGCCAAAACUCCAAAACGUAUCAUUGCCAAUUAUAUGAUGUGGAGAAUACAUGCCUUUUCGAUUUCAUUUUUGUCAGAGGAAUUCAGAAAACGUCAAUUGGAGUAUGCAACUGCAUUAUCUGGACGACAAGAACAAGAAGCUCGCUGGAAGGAAUGUGUUGAUAUCACUAGUGGAAGCUACGAAUGGGUAAAUGAUAAAGAUGAUGGAGGAGAAAGUGAAGAAGGCGACUCCACUGGUUUGGCCAUAUCAAUUGGUUCACUUUAUGUACGGAAACACUUUAAAGAAGAUGCUAAACAUAUUGCCAUGGAAAUGGUUGAUAGCAUUAGAUCUGUAUUUUCUGGAAUUCUUACCCAAGUUGACUGGAUGGACGAGCAAACUAGAAAAUCAGCUUUAGAAAAAUUAAAUUCCAUGACAACUCACAUUGGAUAUCCUGAUGAAAUAACUGAUGAUAGUAAACUAAGUGAAUACUAUGAUAGUUUGGAAAUUGAUUCGGACAAAUACUUUGAAUCGUUCCUUAGAAUGAACGUUUUUGGAACAGACAAGUCAUUUAAUAAAUUACGUUUGCCUGUGAACAAGACUGAUUGGAUACGUCAUGCCAGGCCAGCUAUUGUUAAUGCUUUUUACUCGUCACUGGAAAAUAGUAUACAAUUCCCCGCUGGUAUUUUGCAAGGACAAUUUUUCCAUGCUCAACGUCCUAAAUACAUGAACUAUGGUGCAAUUGGUUAUGUUAUUGGCCAUGAAAUAACUCAUGGUUUUGAUGAUCAAGGAAGGCAAUUCGAUGUUAAUGGAAAUUUGGUUGAUUGGUGGCAGGAAAAUACAAAAGAAGCAUAUUUAUCUAAAGCCAGAUGCAUCAUUGAACAAUAUGGAAACUACACAGAUAAAUCAACAGGAUUAAGUUUGAAUGGAAUCAACACACAGGGAGAAAACAUAGCCGAUAAUGGUGGAAUUAAAGAAUCAUACCUUGCCUACAGGAAAUGGGCACAGAAGAAUGGUCCUGAGCCUAAGCUACCUGGACUUGAUUUUAGACCUGAACAAAUGUUUUGGGUAUCAGCUGCACAAACCUGGUGUUCCAUACAAAGAAAAGAAUCUUUGAAAAUGCGCAUCACAACUGGUGUUCAUUCACCAUCUGAAUUCCGAGUUCUUGGUCCAAUAAGCAACAUGCAAGAUUUCGCCAAAGAUUUCCAAUGCCCUGAAGGCUCACCAAUGAAUCCUGUGAAGAAAUGUGAAGUCUGGUAGACUACUUAUUUUAUGUAUUCUAUUCGUUUUCAAUAUAAAAUGGAAGUUUAUAGGUUUAUAAUUUUUUUUAAUUUAGUUUUCGUUUUCCAAUUAAAUUAUUUUGUAAAUAAAUUAAUUAUUCAUAAUAGACACAAAUAAAUGAAAAAUAUAGAUAAAAAUAAAA